AUGGGCAAGGAAAAACUUCACGUCAACCUCGUUGUUAUCGGCCACGUCGAUUCCGGCAAGUCUACCACCACUGGUCACCUUAUCUUCAAGUGCGGUGGUAUCGACAAGAGAACCAUUGAGAAGUUUGAGAAGGAGGCUGCCGAGCUCGGUAAGGGUUCCUUCAAGUACGCUUGGGUUCUUGACAAGCUUAAAGCUGAGCGUGAACGUGGUAUCACCAUUGACAUUGCUCUCUGGAAGUUUGAGACUCCUAAGUACUAUGUUACCGUCAUUGAUGCCCCCGGCCACCGUGAUUUCAUCAAGAACAUGAUUACUGGUACCUCCCAGGCUGACUGCGCCAUUCUCAUCAUUGCUGCCGGUGUUGGUGAGUUCGAGGCUGGUAUCUCCAAGGAUGGUCAGACCAAGGAGCACGUUCUUCUUGCCUUCACCCUCGGUGUUAGACAGCUCAUUGUUGCCGUUAACAAGAUGGACUCCAUCAAGUGGGACCAGUCUCGUUUCAACGACAUUGUCUCCGAGGCUAGAAAGUUCACCAAGAAGGUCGGUUACAACCCCGACUCUGUUCCUUUCAUCCCCAUUUCUGGCUGGAACGGUGACAACAUGAUUGAGCCUACCGCCAACGCCCCCUGGUACAAGGGCUGGACCAAGAAGACCAAGGCCGGUGAGGUCACUGGUAAGACCCUCCUCGAGGCCAUUGACGCUAUUGAGCCCCCUACCAGACCCACCGACAAGCCCCUCCGUCUCCCUCUCCAGGACGUCUACAAGAUUGGCGGUAUCGGUACCGUGCCCGUUGGCCGUGUCGAGACUGGUGUCAUCAAGCCCGGUAUGGUUGUUACCUUUGCCCCCGCUAACGUCACCACCGAAGUCAAGUCUGUCGAAAUGCACCACGAACAGCUCGCUGAGGGUCUCCCCGGUGACAAUGUCGGCUUCAACGUUAAGAACGUCUCCGUCAAGGAUAUCAGACGUGGUAACGUCGCCGGUGACUCUAAGAAUGACCCCCCCAAGGGCUGCGCUUCUUUCAAUGCUCAGGUUAUUGUCCUUAACCACCCCGGCCAGAUCUCUAACGGUUACGCCCCAGUUCUUGACUGCCACACUGCCCACAUUGCCUGCAAGUUCGACACCAUUCUCCAAAAGAUUGACAAGCGUAACGGUAAGGUCCUCGAAGAGAACCCCAAGUUUGUCAAGUCUGGUGACGCUGCCAUUGUCAAGCUUGUUCCCUCUAAGCCUAUGUGUGUUGAAGCUUACCAAGAAUACCCCCCUCUUGGAAGAUUUGCUGUCCGCGAUAUGAGGCAAACAGUCGCUGUUGGAAUUAUAAAAAGUGUGGAGAAGGUUGAUGGCACUGGUAAGGUCACCAAGUCUGCUGCUAAGGCUGCUAAGAAGUAA